AUGUUGGAAUCAUUAAAUCGUCGAAAUUCAAUUGAUAGUAAUCAAGGUGAUAACGACAAUGACAAUGACAACCAUAGUAAUGAUGAAUUAAGUCCAUCAGAAUUAUAUUAUUCACCAUCUGGUCUGCCUCCUAAAUCACAAUUAUUACUUCGGAAAUCAUCUUCACCAUCAUCUUAUUCUCCAAUUAAAUCUGAUCUACCUAAUAUUUAUAGUCAUCUACGAUCUAAUGAUAGUGAAUCGCCGCCACAACCAUCGCCGAAACAACAAUCUUCUUUAUCAUCAUCAUCAUCAUCAUCGUCAUCUUCAAAUACUAAAUCUUCCACAACUAAGAAUAUUUUUAAAAAAUUAUUACGAAUUAAUAAAUCAUCAGAUAAUAUUGAUGAAUCAAGAUCAAUUGUACUGAAUAAUGGUGGUUCUCCAAUGAGUGAUAGUACUACUGUGACAUCAACUUUGUCAACUGAUACCGCUCCUAAACGAGGGAAAUCAAUUCAACGAAGUCAAAUUUUACACCAUACUGAUUCAGAUUCUUUAUAUUUAGAAAAUCAAAUUGAAUUACGUCCAGAAAUUUCUAAAUCUAUUGGUAAUAUUAAAAUCCCGAGUAUUUUCACUAAUGAUGGUAUGCCAUUAUUAAAAAUAUCUCAUAAAUCAAAGAAAAGAAUUUUAUUUUGGAUUGACCCUUCAUGUUUCAAAUUUUCUUGGAGAAUGGCUAAUUCAACAACCACCACCACGUCAGCCACCACAUCGGCCACAACUUCUGGAUUACCCCAAGGAAUUACUAAUACUACCGCAUUAUCUAAUUCAGCAAUCAUAUCCACACCAGCAAUAGCAACAUCAGCUAUUCAUCGAUUAUCAAUAACCAACAGAACGACUCAUGAAUUUGUUCUUGAUGAUAUUAAAUCAAUAUAUAUACAAAAUGAAGGUAGUGGAUAUCGUGAAGAAUUAAAUAUAUCUCAAAAACUUGAAAAAAAUUGGAUCACCAUUAUAUAUUUUAAUCAUAAAAAAAAUAGUUUAAAAUCAUUACAUUUAAUCACUGAUAAUGAUCAUGAUUUUAAAAAAUUGAUUCUGGCAAUUUAUAAUUUAAAACAAUUACGUUCACAAUUGGCAAAAGAAUUUUUAAUUGAUUUGAAUGAAUUAGAUGAAAAUUAUGUUAAAAUGUUAUUAAAUAAAGAAUUACUAGCUGGUGAUAAUGGUAAUGUUGAUGGCAAUGAAGUCGAUAUUCAGAAAUCUCAUAAACAUGUUAGAGAGUUUCUUAGUUUUAAUGAUAUUUUAAAAUAUUCCAAACGAUUAAAUAUUAAUGUUAAUACCAAUCAUUUACAACAAAUUUUCGAUCAAGUACUACUACUACUGUCAGCAACAACAGAAAAGCCUGUUAGCACCCCCUUGUUUGAAAAGGGGUUAAAUUUUGAACAAUUUAAACAAUUUGUUUCAAUACUUAAAGAUCGGAAAGAUUUACAAGAAAUUUGGGAUUCAUUAGCUCAAGGUAAAGAAGUUUUACAAUUUGAUGAAAUUAAAAAUUUCAUUAUUAAUAUUCAAAAAGAAAAUUUCAGUGAUGAUGAUGAUAAUAGUACUAUUAAUUUAAUUUUUCAAAAAUAUUGUAGUAAUGAUAAUGGAUGGAAUAAAGAAAGUUUAAAUGAAUAUUUAUUAUCUAGUUAUUCAACUCCAUAUCGUGAAAUCACCCAAACCCAAACUAACUAUUAUGAUUAUCCAUUAAAUGAAUAUUUUAUUUCAUCAUCUCAUAAUACUUAUUUAACUGGUCGACAAGUUGCUGGUGAUUCAUCAGUAGAAGGGUAUAUACGAACAUUACAACGUGGGUGUCGAUGUGUUGAAAUUGAUAUUUGGAAUGGUGAUAGUAACACCACCACCACCACCGUCAUUGGUACAAAAGAUGAUGAUGAUAAGAAUGAAUAUGAACCAAUAGUUAAUCAUGGAAGAACGUUUACUAAACCAAUAAGCUUUGCUAAUGUUAUAAGAGCAAUUAAAAAAUUUGCUUUCAUUGUAUCACCUUGGCCAUUAAUACUUAGUUUGGAAAUUCAUUGUUCACCGGAAUGUCAAAUUAAAGUAGUUAAUAUUUUAAAAGAUAUUCUUGGAGAAAAUAUGAUUAUUGCUCCUAUUGAUAUUGAUUCGGUGAUAUUACCAUCACCAGCCGAAUUGAAACAUAAAUUUAUAAUUAAAGUGAAAAAGACAACUUCAUUUCAAAAUUUAAUAGAAACUGAAAAUGGUAGUUUCACAACAAGUACUACUACCACCACCACCACCACUACUACUACUACUACUACUGCAACUUCAUUAAGUGAAGAUAAUGAAAAUAAUAAAUCUAAUAGUAGUUCUACAUCAUCAUUCAUUAUAAGACGAAGGAAAAAUAAAUCACCAAAAAUCAUCAAUGAAUUAAGUAAUCUUGGAAUCUAUACUCAAGGGAUAAAAUUUCGUAAUUUUUCAUUACCAGAAUCUAAAACCUUUAAUCAUUGUUUUUCAUUAGGUGAAAAAUCAAUUAAUCGAAUGAUUAAAGAUGAUGAUAAAAAAAUUUCUUUAGAUAAACAUAAUCGUCGUUAUUUAAUGAGAGUUUAUCCACUGGGAACAAGAUUAAAAUCUUCAAAUUUUAAUCCAUUACCUUAUUGGUCUCAUGGUGUACAAAUGGUAGCCACCAAUUGGCAAACUUAUGAUUUAGGUCAACAAUUGAAUGAAGCAUUAUUUGAAAAUAAAAUAUUUCAAGGAUAUGUAUUAAAACCAAGUGUAUUAAGGAAACCAACUUUAAAAUCAAGCAGUAGCAAUGUCGAUACAAGAACGUCAUUAACUACUACUAAUUCUAAAACUAUUCGAUUUAAUUUUGAAAUUAUAAGUGGUCAUCAAUUACCCAAAUUUCCUAAAGAUGAUUAUAAAGAUCAAGCCAUUAAUCCAUAUAUAUCAUUUGAAAUAAUUGGUGCUCAAGAUGUUCAAUGGGAUAAUAAUGACAGCUCACCAAUUGCACCAACCACCAGUUCUUCUCCCUUUAUUAGAACAACGAAAAUAAUUCGUGAAAAUGGAUUUAAUCCAAAUUUUAAUACUAAAUUUAGUGGUUCAAUCAUCACUACUACUAAUGAUUUAAUAUUUAUAAAAUUUGUUGUUUAUGCAUCAACUUCUUUAAAUUAUCCUGAUUAUGGGGAAAAUUUCCCUAUUGCUAUAUUAGUCACUAAAUUAAAUUAUUUAAAACAAGGUUAUAGAUAUAUUUAUCUAAAUGAUUUAUUAGGUGAACAAUUGGUUUAUUCUUCAAUAUUUAUAAAAAUUGAAUAUGAUGAAGAUUUAUUAAAUGAGUUCAUAAAUAAAUAA